AUGUCUACCAAUAUCUCAUGCCUCGAAACAUUUGCAUUGAAUAUUCUUAAAAGUAUAUCUCCAGAAAAAAUCGCAGGUGAAGUUCCUAAGGAAGAUUCCCCCACGUUAAAAAAACUUAUCAAUGAAUUAUUUACCGAUGUUUCAGAAAUUUCUAAAGUUACAGUAGGUUAUAACGAGAAUGCGACUGAUCUUUUGCAAUUCAAUGAUAAUAUUACCUAUGCAGAAUCUAGAAAUGAAAGCAUCAAUCAGGAAGUCAUUCAAUGCUAUUAUUCCUUUGGAAACUGUUUAUUGCAACGUUUAAAUUAUUAUAAAAGUUCGAAGCAUGGGAACCAAGCAUCGCAAGCAGUAGUAAAUGAGGAGGUUCGAGAACAAAUUGGAGGAAAAAUCUCAAAUGAUACUUUACAUAAAAGAACUGAAAAAGCAUGA